AUGUCUCAAACAUGAAUGAAGGUAAUUCAGCAGGAGGGGGGCAUGAAGGGCUAAGCCCGGCCCCUCCUGCUGUGUCAGACCGUGUAACUAUACAAUCAACGGAAAAAUCAGUUACAACGCCAAAAUCAACAGCCACAGCAGCUAACAACAGCAAAGCGACAACAACGCAGCAACUGAAAACCAAUAGCAAACAACAACAACAGCAGCAGCUGCUUAGUGCGCAGCUGCCUGUGCCGCUGUCGAACUUGUCGACAGAGGCAACGGCAGCAGCAACGUCAACGUCAACAGCAGCAGCAGCUUCCUCCUCCUUCACCUCCUCCACAAAAAUAGAAGCCCCCACAAGUGACAAUACGUCGCCCCCACAGGCUAAGCGUCAGCGAUUGGAAACAGGAGGCGACACCAACAGCAGCAAUAACAUUGUUGGUGCUAUUAGCAGCAACAUUGUUGGCUCAUUGCUGCCGGCGUCUGUUGUGGCGAGCAGCGAAUUUGGUGGCGCGAAUUCUUCUGCAUUGCAAGACUUGUGUGCGCUCAGGAAGCGCAUACUUCAACAGAAAUAUCAAAUUUUGCGUAAUCUUAAGGAAAGACAUCUAGAAAAUGUGUCCGAAUACUUUUAUUUACAAAACGGUGGCAGUAUGAUGGACUACCCCGCGUGGCGUAAGAAGACACCAACACCGCAGUUCAUCAGCUAUAGCAAUGCGAAUCGUAUCGAGCAGCUGAUACUCGAAGAUAAACCAACAACAUCCGCCGCCGCAGCAGCAGCCGCUGUGGCCCAAACACAAACCCAUAAAACCAAUCAACAACAGCAGCCAACUGAAUCAACUGUUGUUGGCAGCAACGUUGCAACAACAACAACUACAGGGACAACAGGCGUACAAUUGGAUGCAGACAACAGCACACCAAAAACGAAUACGCAAUCUCAACUGCCAUCGAAGCUUGGCAGCAACACAACCGCAGCAGUUGCAGGCGCAGCAAUAGCAAAAUCGAGUCCAAGUAGAGGUGGACAGACUACAACGACAACAGCACCAGCAGCUGCCGCAGCCACUGGAGCCGUUUCCACAACCAGCAGCUUAGUGGAGACGAGCGGUAAUGCCUUGCCACCGGAGGCGGAAAUUAAAAUUCCAUCAGUUGGUGCAACGCCAGUGGCCGUCUCCACGAAGCUACCCGCCGCCGUAGUACAGUUGACGCAGCAAGGUGGCACUCCGUUGGUGCCCUGCAGUAGCUCUGGGGGCUCAUCGGCGCUGCGACGCCCAAACUCCCAGCCAAAUGCAACGGGACAAACUGGCGGCGGAACAUCGGCGGCAACAGGAGGAGCAAGUGGAGCGACACCAACGCCACUGUACACAGGCGCUGGUGGAGCCAAUGGAGCUGCUGCUGGCAGUUCCUUGACAACACCUUGUACCCCUGGCGGCGGCAGUGGCAGCCUUUUGAGUCCACUUGCCAGCACUGGCACACCGAACAGUGCACAAGAGUUUUCGUUUAAGGCGAAGCAGGAGGUUUACGUGAUGCAGCGUAUUUCCGAACUACAGCGAGAGGGAUUAUGGACUGAGAGGCGUUUGCCCAAGCUGCAGGAGCCCAGCCGCCCCAAGGCGCAUUGGGACUAUCUGCUGGAGGAGAUGGUUUGGCUGGCAGCUGAUUUUGCGCAGGAGCGUAAAUGGAAGAAGAAUGCGGCCAAGAAAUGCGCCAAAAUGGUGCAAAAGUAUUUCCAGGACAAGGCCAAUGCAGCACAGCGAGCUGAGAAAGCACAGGAGCUCCAUCUAAAGCGAGUAGCCUCUUUCAUAGCACGCGAAGUGAAGAGCUUCUGGUCGAAUGUCGAGAAACUGGUCGAGUACAAGCAUCAAACGAAAAUCGAAGAAAAGCGAAAGCAAGCUCUCGAUCAACAUCUCAGUUUUAUUGUUGACCAGACAGAAAAGUUCUCCCAGCAGCUAGCCGAGGGCAUGAACAAAAAUGUGCCCGAUACACCAAGUUUAACCUCAAGUCGUCUCACUUCACCCAAACGCGAAUCAGAUGAUGAAUUUCGACCAGAGUCUGGUUCGGAGGAUGACGAGGAGACAAUUGCCAAGGCCGAAGAGGAGGCAGCUGAUGUCAACGAGGAAGUCAAAGCUCUGGCAAAAGAAUCUCAAAUGGACUUUGAUGAUUUCCUUAAUGAUUUGCCACCAGGCUAUUUGGAGAAUCGUGAUAAGCUACUGCUUGAGGAGCAGAGCUCAACAAAAGGCGCAGCUGCAUCUGCAUCUGCUACCGAUCCUGAUGCUGAAGAAAGCGAUGAUAGCGAGUUUCAGGCGAAGGAAGCCAGCGAUGAUGAUGAGAACACAAUCAGCAAACAGGAAGAAGCCGAACAGGAAAUCGAUCAUCAAAAGGAGAUCGAUGAACUGGAAGCGGACAAUGAUUUGUCCGUUGAACAACUGCUGGAGAAAUAUAAAUCGGGCAAAAUUGAUGAACCGCCCAGCGCUAAGCGGCGUAAAAUGGCUGUGGAGACCUCAGAGCAGGAUUCAGAUGAUGAUUCGACGGCAGUUGAAGAUUCAACCGAUGGCAGCGAAAUGGAAGCCAGUGAUGAUGAUGAAGACGAAGAUCUCUCAACCAUUAAAAGUGACACCGAUAUGGAUGAUGGCGAACAGGAUGGUCUCAAAAGUUUAUUGACAGACGCCGGUGGUGAUGGCCCUGGCAAUAGCUCUGCUGUUGCGAGCAGCAAGGACAACAAAGAUGCCAUGCUCAAUGAUGCCGCGGCGUUGGCCGAAAGUCUGCAGCCCAAGGGCAACACAUUGUCCUCGACGAAUGUCGUGACACCGGUGCCAUUCCUUCUAAAGCAUUCGUUGCGCGAGUAUCAGCAUAUCGGACUCGACUGGUUGGUCACUAUGAACGAGCGCAAGCUCAACGGCAUCCUAGCCGAUGAGAUGGGCUUGGGCAAGACCAUUCAAACAAUUGCGCUAUUGGCGCAUUUGGCCUGUGCCAAGGGCAACUGGGGUCCGCAUCUGAUUGUUGUUCCCUCGUCUGUGAUGCUUAACUGGGAAAUGGAGUUCAAGAAAUGGUGUCCUGGCUUCAAAAUACUCACCUACUAUGGCACGCAGAAGGAGCGGAAGCUUAAGCGUGUCGGUUGGACAAAGCCAAAUGCUUUCCAUGUCUGCAUCACAUCCUACAAACUUGUGGUACAGGAUCAGCAAAGUUUCCGGCGUAAGAAGUGGAAAUAUCUCAUAUUGGAUGAGGCGCAAAAUAUUAAGAAUUUCAAGUCACAGCGUUGGCAGCUGCUACUCAACUUCUCCACCGAAAGGCGUCUGCUAUUAACCGGCACACCGCUGCAGAAUGACCUCAUGGAGUUGUGGUCACUUAUGCACUUCCUCAUGCCGUACGUGUUCUCUUCGCAUCGCGAGUUCAAGGAAUGGUUCUCCAAUCCCAUGACUGGCAUGAUCGAGGGCAAUAUGGAGUACAACGAAACAUUAAUUACACGAUUGCACAAGGUCAUUCGUCCAUUUCUGUUGCGUCGGCUGAAGAAGGAAGUGGAGAAACAAAUGCCAAAGAAAUAUGAGCAUGUUGUCAUGUGCCGUUUGUCCAAUCGUCAGCGAUAUCUGUACGAAGACUUUAUGAGCCGAUCAAAAACCCGCGAAACACUGCAGACUGGAAACUUGCUGAGUGUAAUCAAUGUGCUGAUGCAACUGCGGAAAGUGUGCAAUCAUCCGAAUAUGUUUGAAGUGCGUCCCACGAUAUCUCCGUUUCAAAUGGAGGGCAUUGCAUUCCACACGCCACGGCUAGUCAGUGACAUCUUGGAGUAUGAUCCAUUCACGCAAGUCAAUUUGGACACUGUUAACUUGAUGCUCCUGCAACUGGAGCAAACAAUGACGGCUUACGUUUCGCACAAAUCACGUUUGUUGGCGCCGCCUCGCAAAUUGAUCGAGGAAAUUGACAGCGCUCCUCAGCCGCCUCCUCGUUGCCCAAAUGGAAAGUAUCGUUUUCACAUUCGAGUACGAAGUGCUGAGCUGGCACAGCGUAUCAAACUGCAGGCAGUGCGUGUAGGAGCAAGUCCAGCCAUGCGUCUAGAAGGCUCGAAGAUUGUGCCAAUGCGCAGCUUGUUGCCAAGUGGGCGAGUGUUGAAACGGGUCAGCGGUACCAUUAAUCCUAUCAAUAUGGCGCUGAAGCCAGUGAUAAUUAAUAGUUUGGUAUCAACGCCGACGACAAUUGCCAGCGGAAGUAACGCCAGCAACUCUGCACUUAAUGUGCUGGGAAGCAGCGCAAAACUAUUGAGCACGAGGUCGCCUAUGAGUGCACCGACGCCUGCUAAGGUGGCCAAGACUAUGCAGGAUGGAAAGCCCUUCUUCUACCUGACACCCGCCACAAGUGCUGGAGGUGCUGGAGCACGUUUGACGCUCACUAGCAAAACGGCAACAACAAUUGGAUCAACAGCAGGCUCAGCCACGAUAACGAGUAGCAAUUCAGCCGGACAAUUGCAACAGCUUGGCAAGGAUCCCAUUGUUAAAGAUCUGGCAUCGCAUGUCAAGUUGACAGCGCAACGCCAAACCAAUGGUAAGUCUCAGGAUGACUGUUCGACACCAGAGGACUUGGAGGAUCCUUAUCGAGUGCAGCAGCUCAUACAGAUGCGUAAGGAGCAGCGAUUGGCCUCACUUAAACGCAUGGCCAACAUCAAUCGGCGACGCACCGAUGCUACGCCCAUAUAUGGCUCGGAUUGUCGUGAGGCCAUUGAGAAUUGCAUGCAGGCGACGCGCACAUUAAAGCAUUCCACAUGGCAAACGCGGGGCUAUGCAAAUUGCACCGUUGCCAUGCGUCAGCAUAGCGACACCUGGUCGCUGAAUCUGUUGUUAAAGAGCCUUGAGCAACGAUGCGUCGAACUGUCUCCGAUCUUUGCCAAUUUUGUGAUCUAUGUGCCAUCAGUUUGUGCACCAAGAAUUCGACGUUAUGUGCAGAAUUUAUCAUCAACACAUUGGCAAAACGAACGGCGAAUUGAGGAAUCGAUAACGACAACGUUAUCGCCGAAGCUGACAAUGCUGCAUCCCAUAAUUUCCGCAAUGACUACACAAUUCCCGGAUCCGCGACUCAUUCAAUAUGAUUGCGGUAAAUUGCAAACUUUGGAUCGCCUGUUGCGUCAGCUGAAGGUCGGAGGACAUCGAGUGUUAAUCUUUACACAAAUGACAAAAAUGUUGGAUGUACUCGAGGCAUUCCUCAAUUACCAUGGACAUAUUUACCUUCGAUUGGAUGGCUCUACACGUGUGGAACAGCGUCAGAUGCACAUGGAGCGUUUCAAUGGCGAUAAGCGAAUCUUCUGUUUCAUUUUGUCCACACGCUCUGGUGGCGUUGGUAUUAAUUUGACUGGCGCCGACACUGUGAUCUUCUAUGAUUCGGACUGGAAUCCAACGAUGGAUGCACAAGCCCAAGAUCGUUGUCAUCGCAUUGGACAGACACGGGAUGUGCACAUCUAUCGUCUGGUCUCUGAGAAAACCAUCGAGGUGAACAUCUUAAAGAAAGCCAAUCAAAAGCGUAUGCUCAGUGAUAUGGCCAUUGAGGGUGGAAACUUUACAACCACAUUCUUUAAAAGCUCCACCAUCAAAGAUCUCUUUACGAUUGACCAGAGCCAAGAAGAUGCACAAGAGAAACCAGAUGAAAAAGACAAAAUUGUUGCUGCUGAGCCAGAACCUGUUUUCGAAACCGAGAAGCAAUCGCUGCGAGCCUAUGAGCAUGCACUUGCUGCUGCUGAGGACGAACAGGAUGUGCAAGCCACAAAGACGGCCAAGGCUGAGGUGGCUGCCGAUCUUGCUGAGUUCGAUGAGAAUAUCCCAAUUGCAGACGAUGCAAAUGCUGAGGGUGGACCGGUCGAAUUGAGCAAAGCUGAUCUGGAAAUGCAGAAUCUUGUGAAGCAGCUUUCGCCAAUUGAGCGUUACGCUAUGCGCUUUGUGGAAGCCACCGGAGCUGCGUGGACAGCGGAACAAUUGCGUGCUGCUGAAGCAGAGCUGGAAGCGCAGAAACGUGAAUGGGAAGCUAAUCGUUUGGCAGCCAUGGAGAAGGAGGAGCAGUUACUCAAACAGGAAACGGAGGCCGAGGAGAUGCUGACCUACAGUCGCAAGGAUGCAAGCAAUCAGGUCUGGAUAUCGCGCAAUUGCAUGGAGGAGAUGCCUAUGUGGUGCCCGCCAACGCCGCCGCAGGAUAAUAAUGAUAUAUACAUCGAUUAUUCGCUGUCGUUCAUAUACGAUCUCGAUCCUAUUCCUGAAACUGAGCUGCCGCCUGUCUAUGUGCGCCGUGAACUUAAAAGAUCUCGCACUGAUGCUGGUUUCGAUGGCAGCCGGCGACCCAACAAAAUGCGACGUGAGGAUAAUUAUGUGCCUCCACGAUCGUUGUUUGAUCGGCCAACGGCGCAACUGGCGCGACUGCGGCGUGAGCUGAAGAAUCAACGAUUCCGCGGCAGCUUUAAGCCCAACUCAAUGAUACCGGGCCUGAAGCCACAGAUACCCGCCAAGCCGCUGACUGAACCGGAGGCGAUGAGCGAAUGGUGUGUGUUUGAGGACAUGGCCAUAUUGCAUGUCCUCAUCAAUUUACAGGGACUGCCGUGCAGUCUUAUGCUCCUAUCACCGGGCCAGACACCCAACUGGGAUUUGGUGUCCGAGAUGGUGAAUUUCUGCUCGAAGACGUAUCGUUCAGCCAGGCAGUGCCGUUGGCGCUACGAGACGCACAUUCAGCCGCGGGAGGAGGGCAAAGUGGUUGAGAGUCCAAAGAAGCAAAAGAAACUGAAGCCCAUACUGCGCACCGAGUACAUGAAGAGUCCGUUGCGCUAUCUGCGAACCACACAGCUCUAUGCCAGCGACAAUAAUUCAUCGUUCUAUAAGGUGAUGCGACAGCGCUUCGAUACCAUCAAGACGGCGUACUUGAAGAAGGCGCCGCCACCAAAGCGACAAUUCAAUGCACCUAGCCUGAUGAACCCCAAGCAUAUGGGAGUGCUGCAAAAGUUUGGCAUUGCCAACUAUGAUCAGCCGGUGUCGCCGAGCAACAUUGCGGACAUGAUGAAGGCUAGUAAAAUGCGUGACAAGCAGCGCGGUCAAAUGCCGCCAAUGCAACAACAGCAGCAGCAGCAAUCGGUGCAGCAACAUCAGCAGCCAAUGCAGCAACAACAACAGCAGCAGCAGCAACAAGUGCAACAACAAGUGCAACAGCAAGUGCAGCAGCAACAACAGCAACAACAACAGUUGCCAACUGUUACAACCGUGCAGCAGACCGUCGAGUUGGUGCCCAGCACAACGGCAACAACAGUCACGGUGCCCGCUGGCAACACGGGUCAAUUGCAGCAGUUGCAGAUACAGCACUUGACCAGCGCAAAUGUGGCACCAACACAACAAACUGCCAUUCUGGUGCACCAGCCACAGCAACAGCAACAACUGCGCACACAAACGACAACUCAGCAACUGGUGAAAACCAUUGUGGGCACUACGGCCAAUCUGACAGCCGGACAGCUGCAGCAGCUAGCCCAACAGACGUCGGGCAAUGCGGGCGGCAAUGUGCAGCUGCAGGCAGUGUCACAAGGCGGCGGCCAGUCGAGCGUCAGUGUUGUGCUCACCACGCCCGUGCAAUCCUUGCCCAUUGCAACGCAUAGCAAUGUGAAUGCCGCAUCAACAGCGCAGAUUGUGUCCAUCUCGUCGCAGUCAACGCUGCCGGUGAACACUGCUCCACAACUGGGCAGCAUUGUGCAGACGCAAACGUUGCCGCAAGUGGUGUCGGUGGGUCCUUUGACCACCACAGCGGCCAGUCAACAGCAACAGCAGCAUCAACAGCAGCAGCAGCAGACAACAACGGGCACAGUGACCACACUUAAUACGGCCAUGUUGCGUGGUCAACGCAUCGUCUCCACUGGCGGUGCUGGCGGCAAUACCCUUCAAGAUGUGGUGCUGCAACAGCGCAUGCCCAGCCUGGGACAGAGUGUGAGUCCAGCACAAUUCCAGGCACAGCUGCGCUUGGCGGCUGUCUCCGGCGCCAAUGCUACGCAGACAACGCAGCUGGUGACCACCAAAGGCAUUCCGGUCAGUGCAUUACAGCAGAGCGGCAAGACGGUGCUGCCAGGCACGCCGCAGCCAGCGGCGCAUAUACAGCUCUACCGACAGCGCAAUCUAAAGGUGUUGCAGACCCAACAGGCAACGCCUGGCGGUGGCACAACUAAUCUGAAUCCGACCGUGGUACAAACAGCAGGCGGUGCUCUGGCCACGGGCACAAUCAUUCAAACCGGCAAUCUGAUGCAGACGCCCACGCAUGUGACCAGUCAGAAGGUGGCCGUGACGGGUAUGCCAGGGGCAACCACAGUGCAGGCGGGCAACGUGGUGAGCACGGUGCAAAUGCACGGUCAGGCGCGCACACAGUUCAUCAAGCAGAUGACGGCCGGCAAGCAGGGUCUGCCGCGUCAGGUGCUGACCACCGAUGGCAGCGGGGGCGGCGGCACAGCCACUGGGGCCGGUGAUAUGCUGUUGGUUAAGCGCCACAACAUUCUGGCCGCCCAGAAGGCACAACAGGCCACAGGACCACUCUUCACCACUACUAGCAGUGGCGGUGGCGGGGCACAGCAACAGCAGCUGCCGGUCGCUGGCAUCACGCAACAACAGCAGCCGCAACAGGUGACGCAGCAGCAGAUUGCUUCGCUCGUCAAGGCGUCCACUGCAGCGGCCGCGAGUGGCAGCAGUGUGAGUGCUGGCGGCGUGACAGUCUCGGCAACAGGACCGCCCACAGUGCAGGCGGGCAGCGUUAAUAUGACGCUGCCACAACUGAAGCCAGGCAGUCACAUCAAGGUGGCCAUGCCCAAUCAGAUGCGGCAUCUGCAAAUGCAACAGCAGAUGGGCAUACCGCGCAAGAUUAGUCGCAUGACGCAGCUGGUGAGUGCGUCGGGUCAGCCAACAGCGACGAAUAUUGUGGCCACCACAACGGGGCCACAGCAGCAGACACCCGGCGGUGUCACCGUCUCGCCGGCUGCCCAGCAACAACAGCAGCAGCAACAACAGCAGCAGCAGAAGGCAACGCCUGGCGGUGGCAGCGUUCAAGCGCAACUGUUGCACAUACAGAACACCAAGGCGCUGUCCAAUUCGGUGACUGUGCAGCAAAUCCAGCAGGUGAUGCGCAGCGGUCAGCAGACGGGUCUAGUGCUGGGUAAGACAAGUGUCGGUCGUGUCAUACCCGUUUCAGUAGCCUCGCAAGCGACACAGCGUCAAACUAUACAGGUGGUUUCUGCUGCUUCGGCACAAGCGUUGGCUGCUGGCGGUUUGCGUACAGGCCAGAAUAUUGCCGGCCUUAAAGUAGCCACGACUGUGGCUCUGCAGCAUAAUCAGCGACAAAACGCUAGCCCUGUGCGCCUGCAGACCACAGCUGGUGGCAAUUUGCUGGCCGUGGUACAACAACAGCAGCAGCAACAACAACAGCAGCAACAGCAUACGAGCAUUGCUGGUCCAACAGCUGGUCCGGCUGAGGUGAUGACCAUCACACAGACGUCAGCUCCGUUGCCAACAGUGAGCAGCUUGCAGCAGCAACAACAACAGCAGCAGCAACAGUUGGUGGGAGGCGUAACACAGACGCAGCCGACGACGCAACAGCCAUGAGCGGCGCUCGCCUGGUGCAGGUGCAAGCACGAACAAGCAGGAUAUGAAAUGAUGAUGUUGAUGAUGCACUCACAAAUUACACACACACACACACAAGCAAGCAUGAUAGCUUAAUGCUGCAAUUGAUUGUAAUUAUAUAAAUAUAAUACAAAUAUAAAAAAAAGGGUCUAGCUUUUAGUAGUGUAUUAAUCCCAAUCCAAGAUACAGCUGAUCAGCGGGAAACGCAAUUGUACAUCGCAUAUUCCUUAAGCUUUCCCCCAGACAACGCUGUAUGUACAUUUUCGGUAAAUUUUAGAACAUUAGAACCUGCUUAAUUCUAGAUUUUUAACUAUUAACUAUAUAUAAAUAAGUAAAUAUAUAACUUAUGUUUUAGCAUAAUUUAAAAUAC